AUGGUCAAUCUCCCGCCCGGCGUCGCCAAGUCCCUUGAGGACACCAAGGUCGACUAUGUCCGCGUCGGCGACAGUGGCCUCCGUGUCUCCGUGCCCAUCGUCGGCUGCAUGAGCAUCGGCAACCCGGAGUGGGCCGACUGGGUGGUCGGCGCCGAAAAGGCCCUGCCGCUGCUCAAGGCGGCCUACGACCGCGGCGUCAACACGUGGGACACGGCCAACAUCUACUCCAACGGCGACUCGGAGCGCGUCAUCGCGCAGGCCAUCCGCGAGUACCAGAUCCCGCGGCACAAGCUCGUGCUGAUGAGCAAGGCCUUCAGCUGCGUCGGCGAGCAGCAGUUCCACGCGUACCCGAUCCUCAACGAGCUGCGCCGCACCAAGGACUACGUCAACCAGUUCGGCCUGUCGCGCACGGCGCUGUUCACGGCCGUCAACAACACGCUGGCGCGCCUCGAGACGGACUACCUCGACUUCUUCUGGAUCCACCGCUUCGACCCGGACACGCCCAUCGAGGAGACGAUGCGCGCGCUGCACGACCUCGUGACGGCCGGCAAGAUCCGCUACAUUGGCGCCUCGUCCAUGUGGGCGCACGAGUUUGCCCUCAUGCAGUUCUGCGCCGAGAAGCACGGCUGGACCAAGUUUGUCGCCAUGCAGAACCGCUACAACAUGCUCUACCGCGAGGAGGAGCGCGAGAUGCUGCGCUUCUGCCGCCGCACCAACGUCGCCGUCAUCCCCUGGGGCCCGCUCUGCGAGGGCCUGCUGGCCCGCCCCCUGUCCGACCGCGGCUCCACCGCCCGCUCCGCCGGCGACGCCGCCACGCCGCUGCGCCCCGAGGCCGAGCAGAUCAUCAAGCGCGUCGAGGAGGUGGCCGCCAAGAAGGGCUGGACCAUGUCGCAGGUCACGCUGGCCUGGACCCUCAAGCGCGUCACGGCCCCCAUCAUCGGCUUCAGCAGCGUCGCCCGCCUCGACGAGGCCCUGUCCGCGCGCGGCAAGGAGCUGACCGCCGAGGAGGAGGCCUACCUGGAGGAGCCCUACAAGCCCGUGGAGAUUGAGGGUCACUUUUAG